UUAGUUAAAAAAGAGGGGCUAUAUAAAGAGCGUAGACAUUACAAAUGCGCUAACAGUAAUAAAUCGCAGGGAAGUCGUUGCGACUUUGUGUUGUGGGCAUCUGACAGUGCUGAGUCUCAAAGUAAUGCAACGAACGAAUAUUCAAGUUUAAUGUCUGAGGAUAUAAAUAAAUUAGUAAAGAAAUUAAAUCAAUCUGCGCCCGGAAAUUCUCGCAACGUGAACAAUACAACCAAUACUGAUGAUGAUAGUGCUAAGAUUAUGUGUCAUUGUCAGAAGCUUGCAAAACGAUUAGUUAAAAAAGCAGGUCCGCAUGAAGGUCGUCUGUAUUACAAAUGCGCUAAUGACACUAAACUGUAUGGAAACCGUUGCAAAUUUUUCUUGCCGGUAUCUGACAGCGCCGAGUCUCAAUUAGUUAAUGCAAUGAACGAAUAUUCAAGUUCAGUAUCUAACAUGAUGGAUAACGCCGGCGCUGGCACUUCUAACAUUUCGGGAAACCUGCCUUUCACAAGUAAUGUUAUGUACAGCUGUAAUCAGCCCGUAAAAGUGAUGGUUGAGGUAGAUAGUCGCGAGAAUACAAAUCGUUCGAGCAAUUCUAAUUUCGGAGCCCUCAAAAGGCCUAAACUUAUCGAGAGCAAGAGAAAGUGCGGAUUUUGUAGAAGAGAGGGUAAUGUGCCAUAUGAUCACUGCAUGUCGAUAUUAUAACAUGAAAUUUGGGCAAGGCAAAUUAUAAUACUCCUCGUUUUACGAAAAGAAUAUAUAGCUGUCCAGUUUAGAAACUACACGAUUUUGUCUUCAUUAUCCAAUCUUUAUUCUAGCUCGUUCUUUGAUCAGACAUCGAUUAACUUUCGUUACAAUAUAUGUAUAAUAUAUGUACUUGGCCGAUUGUCACGCCGAUUGGCAAUCGUCACGUUCCGCUAAUAAUAUUUUGAAUAUUUUCGAGAUCAAAUCAGACGCUAAUUACUCAUAGGCCGAGGUCUAUGAGAUAGCCUGAUUGACAAAUUUUUUCAGAUAUAUUUAUUGUAAAUAAUGUACUAUUUGUAACGAUUGGAAUUGUAAAAAGCUUAAUUAAAAUGUAGCAGUAAAGUCAAAUCAAUGUAUGCUUUUAUACAAUAUAUUUAAGAUUUCUGUCUUAUUGAAGCAAUAAUUCUUACAAGUAUUAAGAUAAGAGUCCGUUUGAAAGAAGUGGUUCGAUAAUAUUUAUAGUUACUGUUAAUUGUAUUUCAAUAAGCAGUACAAGUUACAAUGUUUAACAGAUUAAAUGAAACUCGUGUGUUAUAAAAAAAA